CCUCCCCACAGCGACAGUAUAUAAAGCCCGUAACGGAAUUUUUUGGCGUUAUUAUUCGUUUAGCCUACCUCUUAACCGGUCGAGCUAAACGACGACUGAUAUAAAUUAUUAAAUUUUUACGCUAAGUUCAACAAAACCUAUUCAAAAUGCGUGAGUGCAUCUCAGUCCACGUCGGCCAAGCCGGAGUCCAGAUCGGAAAUGCCUGCUGGGAGCUGUACUGCCUGGAGCAUGGCAUCCAGCCCGACGGCCAGAUGCCCACAGACAAGACCAUCGGGGGUGGAGACGACUCUUUCAACACCUUCUUCAGCGAGACUGGAGCGGGCAAGCACGUACCCAGAGCUGUAUUCGUUGACUUGGAACCUACUGUAGUUGAUGAGGUCCGCACUGGCACAUACAGGCAGUUAUUUCAUCCAGAACAACUUAUCACUGGUAAGGAGGAUGCCGCCAACAACUACGCCCGUGGUCACUACACCAUCGGCAAGGAAAUCGUCGACCUAGUUCUGGACCGCGUCCGCAAGCUGGCCGACCAGUGCACCGGUCUGCAGGGCUUCCUCAUCUUCCACUCCUUCGGAGGAGGCACCGGCUCCGGUUUCACCUCUCUGUUGAUGGAGCGUCUGUCCGUGGACUACGGAAAGAAGUCCAAGCUGGAGUUCGCCAUCUACCCUGCUCCCCAGGUGUCCACCGCUGUCGUUGAGCCCUACAACUCGAUCCUGACCACCCACACCACUCUGGAGCACUCCGACUGCGCCUUCAUGGUCGACAACGAGGCCAUCUACGACAUCUGCCGCCGCAACCUGGACAUCGAGCGCCCCACCUACACCAACCUGAACAGGCUCAUCGGUCAGAUCGUGUCCUCCAUCACGGCAUCUCUGCGUUUCGACGGCGCCCUCAACGUCGACCUUACUGAGUUCCAGACCAACUUGGUGCCCUACCCGCGUAUCCACUUCCCGCUGGUGACCUACGCUCCGGUUAUCUCCGCCGAGAAGGCGUACCACGAGCAGCUGUCUGUGGCCGAGAUCACCAACGCGUGCUUCGAGCCCGCCAACCAGAUGGUGAAGUGCGACCCGCGCCACGGCAAGUACAUGGCCUGCUGCAUGUUGUACCGUGGAGACGUCGUCCCUAAGGACGUCAACGCGGCCAUCGCCACCAUCAAGACCAAGCGUACGAUCCAGUUCGUGGACUGGUGUCCCACUGGGUUCAAGGUGGGCAUCAACUACCAGCCCCCGACGGUCGUGCCCGGCGGAGACCUGGCCAAGGUGCAGCGUGCCGUGUGCAUGUUGUCCAACACCACCGCCAUCGCCGAGGCCUGGGCCCGUCUGGACCACAAGUUCGACCUCAUGUACGCCAAGCGCGCCUUCGUGCACUGGUACGUCGGUGAGGGUAUGGAGGAGGGAGAGUUCUCCGAGGCUCGUGAAGACUUGGCCGCUCUGGAGAAGGACUACGAAGAGGUCGGCAUGGACUCCGCCGAGGGCGAAGGCGAGGGCGGUGAGGAGUACUAGGAACCUCCAGGGUUCAAGAGCCAGUCAUUUAUUUGCUAAAUAUGUCUCGGCUCACGCACCGACUGAAAAGAUACAUUCCGGUGUUGAAUAAAUGCACUCGAAUACAUUGAA